AUGUUUCGAAAAGAACUUUCUCCCACUAGUAGGAGCUGUCACAUUCAAGCCAGUGAUAUAAUCGCUUCUGGUGAAAAGUUCGUAUGGGUUAGCAGAAAAUCUCUUCCAUGUAAAAUGGUUAAAACGGAUUUUAGUGUAUGGUCAUUUGUGAAACAAUCCAUUGGAAAGGAAUUAUCUAAAAUCACUAUGCCAAUCAUUCUUAAUGAACCGUUAAGUUUUCUACAACGUAUUGCUGAAUACAUGGAAUAUUCCGAAUUACUAGAUCAAGCAGUUGAAGAGAAAGAUCCUAUUAAACGUAUGGAGCUUGUAUCAGCAUUCGCUGUAUCUAGUAUGUCAUCGAAUGCUGGUCGUAUUGGUAAACCAUUCAAUCCAUUGUUAGGUGAAACUUACGAAUUACACUACAGGAAUUUUGUAUUCGUUGCAGAACAAGUAUCUCAUCAUCCACCAAUCACAGCUUUUCAUGUUGAAUCAGAUAAUUAUAGUCUGCGUGCUACUCUACAAUUUAAAUUACGUUUUUGGGGUAAAUCAAUUGACGUUCAACCGAAAGGAUUAGUUACAUUACAAUUAUAUCAUUUUAAUGAAUCUUAUACAUGGCAAAAUGUCAAUUUAACAAUACAUAAUAUCUUGACUGGUAAAAUUUGGGUAGAACAUACUGGCACAUUGCGUAUCACUAAUCAUUCGUUAGGAUUAUAUUGUCAGUUAGAAUUUCAUCCAUCUAAUUCGUUUGGACAUAGUUGUAAUCGUGUUAUCGGUGAAUUAUAUGCUCCAUCAACAUUAGAUAAAAUGCAGGUAGUUUCAGCUUCAAAUACAUCUCAUAAUACUACUAUUAAUACUAUCAGUAAAAAUAUAUUUAAUCAUCAUAAUAAUUCAUAUGUAUUAAAGAGAAUAAUUUUUGGUAAUUGGUCUCGUGGUUUAUUCACAGUCGAACCGAAUGUUUGGAAUGAAAAGGAGGAAAUCAUUGAUAACCACCCAAAGAAAAACAGUAAUAACAACGAUAAUAAUGAUGCUGAUGGACAAUCGACCAGCAGCUCUGAAUGUAUUGAAUCAGUGGAUUAUGGAUUCGAAAUACCACUAACUGGGCAACGUCGUCUAUGGAUUGCUACACCGAAACCAAUUAAUUCAAAGGACUAUUAUGAUUUCACACAGUACACAAUGGGUUUAAAUGAAUUAACAAUCUGUAAAUCGACAAUGAGUAAUGAUAAUAUAACUGAUAAUCAAAAAAAUUCAAGCGUGAUCAUGUCGAAUUGUACAAAUAACAUUAGGGAAGUAAUUCCAUGUCAAGAGAAUUCAAUGUAUGAACAGUUUCUUCCACCGACAGAUUCCAGAUAUCGUCCAGAUAUACGUUUAUUUGAAAUGGGUCUUAUUGACAAAGCAGCUAGUGAAAAAUUACGUUUAGAAGAGAAACAACGUUAUAAGCGUAAAUCAUUAAAUGGUCAACGAAAAAUCUCUAAUUUCAAUUGGCCAAUAUCAACUAAUCAUAAGUCGACUGGUAAACAGUUAAAUCUUACAGAUAUGAAUAGCGCUACAGUGAAUAAUACAGCUAAACAAUUUUUUACAAAUAAUCCAUUUAAAAAAGCAUUUUCAUCAAAUUCAACUGGGCAUCGUUCUACAUUAGCUGAUGACAAUGACAAUGAUAAGAAUUCAUGUAAUUCUUAUACUACUACUACAUCGGAUAUAAGUUCUAAUAACAGUUACAAUCAAAUUAUUAGUCCAUUAUGGUUUAUUCCAUCAGUGAAUCCAUUUACUAAACAAGAAGAAUGGCGAAUGACCGGUGAUUAUUGGAAAAGAGAUUGGAGUAAAUGUCCAGAUUUAUAUUAA